AUGAAUUCCGCCGAGCAGACCGUUACGUGGCUCAUCACCUUGGGGGUGCUGGAGUCGCCCAAGAAAACCAUCUCGGACCCGGAGGGCUUCCUGCAGGCGUCUCUGAAGGAUGGGGUGGUCCUCUGCAGGCUGCUGGAGCGCCUGCUGCCCGGGACCAUCGAGAAAGUUUACCCGGAGCCCCGGAGCGAGAGCGAGUGCCUGAGCAACAUCCGCGAGUUCCUGCGAGGCUGCGGGGCCUCCCUGCGGCUGGAGACGUUUGAUGCAAAUGAUUUGUAUCAGGGGCAGAAUUUUAACAAGGUCCUCAGUUCCUUAGUGACUCUAAACAAAGUAACAGCAGACAUCGGCCUGGGAAGUGACUCCGUGUGUGCCCGGCCCUCAUCUCAUCGGAUAAAGUCUUUUGACUCCCUGGGAGCCCAGCCUUCGCACAGUCGGACUUCAAAACUGUUCCAGGGCCAGUAUCGCAGUUUGGACAUGACUGAUACUAGCAGCAGCCAGCUGGUAGUGAGAGCGAAGUUUAACUUCCAGCAGACCAAUGAGGAUGAGCUCUCCUUUACGAAGGGCGACGUCAUCCACGUCACGCGGGUCGAGGAGGGCGGCUGGUGGGAGGGCACGCACAAUGGCAGGACCGGCUGGUUUCCUAGCAACUACGUGCGGGAGGUCAAGCCCAGCGAAAAGCCUGUGUCUCCAAAAUCAGGAACGUUGAAGAGCCCUCCCAAAGGAUUUGAUACUACUGCCAUUAACAAGAGUUAUUACAACGUGGUGCUACAGAAUAUUUUGGAAACAGAAAAUGAAUAUUCUAAAGAACUUCAGACUGUGCUUUCCACAUAUCUGCGGCCUUUGCAGACCAGUGAGAAGCUAAGUUCAACAAACAUUUCAUAUUUAAUGGGAAAUCUAGAAGAGAUCUGCUCUUUCCAGCAAAUGCUUGUACAGUCUUUAGAAGAAUGCACCAAGCUGCCAGAAGCCCAGCAGAGAGUCGGAGGAUGCUUUUUAAAUCUGAUGCCGCAGAUGAAAGCCUUGUACCUUGCAUACUGUGCCAACCACCCGUCUGCAGUGAACGUUCUCACGGAGCACAGCGAGCAGCUGGGAGAGUUCAUGGAGACCAGAGGCGCCAGCAGCCCCGGGAUCCUGGUGCUGACCACUGGCCUCAGCAGACCGUUCAUGCGCCUGGACAAGUACCCCACGCUGCUCAAGGAGCUGGAGAGACACAUGGAGGAUUACCAUCCGGAUAGACAAGAUAUUCAAAAAUCCAUGACUGCCUUCAAAAACCUCUCAGCCCAGUGUCAGGAGGUGCGGAAGAGGAAGGAGUUGGAGCUGCAGAUCCUGACGGAAGCCAUCCGGAGCUGGGAGGGGGACGACAUCACGACCCUGGGCAGCGUCGUUUACAUGUCGCAGGUCAUGGUCCAGUGUGCCGGGAGCGAGGAAAAGAACGAGAGAUACCUUCUGCUCUUCCCCAGUAGUUUGCUGAUGUUGUCUGCCAGCCCUCGGAUGAGUGGUUUUAUCUAUCAGGGAAAGCUACCGACGACAGGAAUGACAAUCACAAAGCUUGAGGACAGUGAAAAUCAUAGAAAUGCAUUUGAAAUAUCAGGGAGCAUGAUCGAGCGGAUCCUGGUGUCCUGCGCCAGCCAACAGGACGUGCACGAGUGGGUGGACCACCUCCAGAAGCAGACGAAGGUCGCCUCUGUCGGCAACCCCUCCGUCAAGCCCCAUUCUGUGCCGUCUCACACUCUCCCCUCUCAUCCGAUCGCGCCGUCCGGCAAGCACGCAGACAGCAAGCCAGCGCCCCUGGCGCCCGCCUACCACACGCUGCCUCACCCCUCCCACCACGGCACUCCGCACACCACCAUCAACUGGGGGCCCCUGGAGCCUCCGAAGACCCCCAAGCCGUGGAGCCUGAGCUGCCUGCGCCCCGCCCCGCCCCUGCGGCCUUCAGCUGCCCUCUGCUACAAGGAGGAUCUUAGUAAGAGCCCGAAGACCAUGAAAAAGCUGCUCCCUAAGCGCAAGCCUGAGCGGAAGCCUUCGGACGAGGAGUUCGCCCUGAGAAAAAGUACAGCUGCUUUGGAAGAAGACGCGCAGAUCCUGAAAGUCAUCGAAGCUUACUGCACAAGCGCCAAGACGCGGCAAACGCUCAAUUCGACAUGGCAAGGCACUGACCUGAUGCAUAAUCACGUCUUGGCUGACGACGACCAAUCAAGUCUAGACUCCUUGGGUCGUCGCAGUAGCCUUUCCCGUGUGGAGCCCUCAGACCUCUCGGAAGACUCUGACUAUGACAGUAUAUGGACAGCCCAUAGUUACAGAAUGGGUUCUACAUCUCGUUCACGCAAAGAAUCUGCUCCCCAAGUUUUGCUUCCAGAGGAAGAGAAAAUCAUAGUUGAAGAAACUAAGAGUAAUGGUCAGACAGUGAUAGAAGAAAAGAGCCUCGUGGAUACUGUCUACGCAUUAAAGGAUGAAGUCCAGGAGUUAAGACAGGAUAACAAGAAGAUGAAGAAAUCUCUGGAGGAAGAGCAGAGAGCCCGCAAGGACCUGGAAAAGCUGGUGAGGAAAGUUCUGAAGAACAUGAACGAUCCUGCCUGGGACGAGACCAACCUGUGAGGAGCGCCCUUGCCUCUUCGCCGAGACCAGCGAGGAGACGGGGCCCAGGGGAGCGCGCGGGGCCCCGGGGCCGGGCCGGACAGCAGUCUCCGUUCCGUGUGUGGGAAUGCUGGAGUUGGUCACGCAGACAGGAACGGUCGCACUGUCCCCGAAGAACCCACGCAUGAGGUGUAGACCCUGAGGGCAGGACCGCAGUAAUUUUACUCUGUUAACAUCUCAAUUACCUCAUUUUGCAAUAAGUGCAGUGACUACAAAUCCUGGUGUUUCAGGCUUUUAUUGAAUAUAUAUGAUUACACUUGUUUCUUGUAAAUACUCCCAUUUUGAAGGCACAUCCAUGCUGGUCCCAUCCGGGCUGAUUGUCCGCCCAGAACUCCCCCCCUCUUCCCUUCCCACUAACCUUUCUGGCCCCGUGAACAGGUGUGCCCCCGGAAGGCGGGGUGCGAGGUCGCUCACCAGACGCCUAGUUUGCUCUCUGGAGUCCCCGCGUGCCUCCGCUCUGGCAGCCUAGUUAGCCUUACGUCUGCAAAGAUACUUUAACACCCUCGGAAGUCUCUGUUGAAGCAGAAUCGCGUCACCGAUAUGCGGUGGACCUGCGCGUGGUGCCCGGGCUGAGGGAGGGAGACUCGGCUUCCCAGGAGGUCCCCGCACGCCGCGGUGCCCGGCUGCCUCGGGAGAGCGUUCGCUGUACUGGGGAGAGCAGACUUCUCACGCAGGCUGGUUCAGUACCCUGACAGCGCACCGUUGUGUCUUCCCCACGAGAGAAAGCUUCACGAGAACCUGUAAAUAAACUGUAUUAUUUAUUACGUAUCCCUGAGGCCAACGAAGGCACGCCGGGGAUGCUGUGGGCUGGCGUGGCCCGUGGCGGUUGGGAGUUCGUUGUCAGGCCACUUUGAGCUCUGUUCACCAGCAGCAUGCAGCAAGCCUUCAGUCCUCACUGGGAAAAAGAAAUGUUUCCUUCUUUCAGUGAGAAUAAAGCAAUAUAAAUCCCGCCUACAGUGAUCCAAGUGUAAAUGUGGGUCCCUGCCCCCCCCCCCCCCCGUGCCUCCACAGCAGACGAGACGGGAAGCCUGUCGGCCUGCAGCUCUCUGGGCAGGGACGCGGGAGCCUCAGGGCCCCUGGGUGGGAACCGCGACCGCGGAGGCAGGACACCCGCGUUACGGGAACUGCUCUCUGCUCCCCUCUUCUCAAGAGGUCAGCUUUAAAUCGAGAGAAGCCUUUUCACAGAACGGGUGUUCGGUCUUUCAAAACAGAAGCAGUACCUCUGCGUUACAGACUUCUCAGAAAUACCCACGUGGCCUCAGGUGUGACGUGGGCCUUGUGAUCUGUGGGUCAAGCCACCCUGUAAGGGCAUCGGGAUCUUCCGAUGCCUUUGAACUGGAUGGCUUUGGAACUCGGCUCUCUGCUCACCCAGGCCCUUGCAGAGCGCUGUGCCCCACGCCCCCAUCUGCUGGAGGGCACCGGCUUGUGCUGGGCCCUCCUGGCCACGUGCCCGGCAGGUGGGUCUGUGACUCAGCAUUGACCCGCCCACGUGUGGCCUUUCCAGUAGAGUUGCCAACUUCGUGCCCUUGGUGUUUGUUAGUGCUGGGGCUGGCAGGGGGCCUUGUUUCGGUAAGCCCUGUUUCACAGUAGGCUUUGGUGACGCAGAAGACCGUGCGGCCUCGAACUCAGGGACGGCCUCCAUCCCCGCUCUCCCCACCUGCUUCUGAGGGGCGCUGUUGCUGGCAGCAUCCCAGGACCGGAGCCUUGAGUGACGACACUUGUUUCUUCCCCGUCCCCGCCCUAAGGGGGGCGUGUUCCCUCCUCUCCCGCAGAUCCGGGAUUUAAGCUUUUUCGGGAGCAGAGAAAAUGCAUCCGAGAGCAGCUCUUUCUACAAACCUUCCCUGUUGUAAAUAGGUUGCUUAUCUCUCCGACCUUCCAAGGGGCGGGGGUCUGGCCGGGGGGCUAAAGGGCCCCGUUUACCGCAAGGGCGAGGACACGAUGCACUGGCAGGCCUGCACGAUGUCGCGGUGUGGGCCGGAGACCGGCCUCUGCUCCUGGGACGUGGGGCGCCUCUGGCUGUGUGCGCCUGCCUCCGCCCUCCCGCCCCAGUUCUCUGUAGGACACACAGCGUCCCCGGUGACAGUUGUGGGGCCACGUCCUGUAAAUGCCUCAGAGCCUGGCAUUGGCUGUUCCUGCUACAUCGCUGCAAUUAUUAAACUGACUCUCAAGUUAUGACAUCA